AGUAUACCAGAGUGUCUGCAUGUAUGCUUUGAGCACUAGCUAGCCAGAGAGAGCAGAGGAGCAGAGGAGCUUUCGUGAUCCGAUCCGAUCCAGCAUUCCAGCUAGAGGUAGCUCGCCAUGGCUGACGACGGGACGGCCAACUGCGUGGACAUCAUCAUCGCCAUCAUCCUCCCGCCCCUCGGCGUCUUCCUCAAGUUCGGGUGCGGGCAUGAGUUCUGGAUCUGCCUCCUGCUCACCUUCCUCGGCUACCUGCCCGGGAUCAUCUACGCCGUCUACGCCAUCACCAAGUAGAUGAGCUGAGCGCCCAAGGAAUUGAUGACUGGACACCUGGUGCUGCUGUGAAGUAUUUGUGGGAUCUGGAAUAUGUGCUGGUCUCUUGGUGCUCCAGUUCUUGUUCAUCAUCAUGUCUUUUCUUUCCCUCCUCUCUCAACCUUUUUUACUGUUGAUGUUCAUAUGUAGUUUUCUUGAUCAUGUGUGUGAAGAAGCUGUGUAACUGCCUGUAUGGUAUAUGUGGUUGUUAAGGUGUUGUUUAAUAGUUGAUCGAUCAUUGGAAGGUUGAAGAUUGGUUAAGCCUUGUUUCUUCAGUUCAAAUGUAUGCAGCCCAAAUGACUUGCAGUCUUGGAUGCAGUAUAGCCUUCAAUAAAGAACCGUGUAUCAGCUUUAGGCUCCAUUUGUUUUUUAUUUUAA